UCAUGUGACAGCAACGGAUAGUUUAUUCUGUACUUCAAUCUAAAAACUACGACCCAGGAUUUCCUAGUUAUUACAUGUCAGAAGAAAAGGGAUAGGAAAAAAUUAAAAAAGAUGUGAUUGUCUCCACACAAUGGAGUGUCGGUGCGGAGGGCUGCUUUUUACCUCCAAGUUUGACUCUGGGAAUCUCGCUAGGGUAGAGAGGGUCACACGAGAUGACGAAGGCGAUUCAGGUGGGUCUUACACUGAGCCUAGACCUGACUAUGAAUUCAAUGUGUGGACUAAACCUGACUGUGCAGGGACUCCUUUUGAGAAUGGAAACAGAACUUGGUUCCACUUUGGUGUUCGGGGCGGGUCCUCAGGUCGCCUCAUCAAGAUUAACAUCAUGAACCUGAACAAGCAAGGCAAGCUGUACAGCCAGGGCCAUGCCCCUCUGGUGAAGACUGUCCCUGGUAAACCAAAGUGGGAGAGGAUUAGAGACAGACCCACAUGGGAGAAUGCAGACAAAGACUUCAUCUUGAGCUUUACCCACCGGUUCUUGGAGUAUCGAGGUGCGACCACCUACUUCACGUUCUGCUACCCCUGGUCAUAUCAGGAGAGCCAAGAGCAGCUGGAAGCCCUGGAUAAAAAGUUUGAACACUGCAAGAAUCUCAACCAACAAAGCCCAGAGUGUAGUAUCUAUUACCACAGAGAGUUGCUGUGUUUCUCUCUGGACAACUGGAGAGUGGAUCUGAUCACUGUCACCUCCUGUCACGGGAUGGAGAAGGAAUUGGAGCCCAGGUGGGACGGAAAACUGUUCCCUGAUCCUGACGCUCCAAGGUGCAAGAAGUUCAAAAACAAAAGGGUGUAUGUACUAAGCAGUAGAGUACAUCCAGGUGAGACGCCUGCCAGUCACGUUUUUAAUGGCUUUCUGAACUUCAUCUUACGAGAAGAUGACCCUCGUGCUCAACAGUUACGCAAGCAGUAUGUGUUCAAGAUGAUCCCAAUGUUGAACCCAGACGGUGUUGUCAAGGGACAUUAUAGAACGGACAUAAACGGGAUAAACCUAAACCGCCUGUACCUCGACCCCGACUUUAAUCUCCACCCCACCAUAUAUGCUGCUAAAAGUGUCCUUGUGUAUUAUCAUAUAAACUACAGAGUGAAGAAGGAAGGGGAGGAGAAAGAAAUCAAAAUCAACUGGCCGGAGUGGAGAGCUGAGGACCACCCUCCUAUCACGUGUUCUGAUGGUGCUAAAACCACUGAAUCUCAAGACUGCUCCGGUUCUCCACUGAUUGCUGAUCUGGCUGACAGCUUCAACAGUUCCUCUGGUGUCUCUAAGAACAUGCUACUGUACCAGAGUCAGGAUGAUUACAAGAAUGCUGUCAACUCUAUGUCAUAUAGUCCACAGGUAGAUCACACUGUGACCAGUAUCAAACAUGCUGCCGAGAACGAGACAGGGGCGGAACAGAACAGUGGGUCAAUGAGCGCCCCUUAUGAUAUCUCAUCUCUUCAGCUCAAUAAACAAUUUGGCAACAUGGGCUUGCUUCAUAACAAAAGAACUCCUUCUCGUGAUGAGACUGACCCGCUGCUGUCCAGCUCAAGUUCUAUCCAGAUGGCUGGCAGUAGCUCUGCUGCUGAUCUUGCCCAUAAUAACAUUCCCUCAGCAGAUGAGAGUAUAAGUCAUGCUGUUAACUUCUACAUCCGUGGAGACUCCCCAGUGGGCAGUGACACUGAGCACCUGGGUAAUGAGGGCUCUGAGGGAGAGGAGGAAGGGGGCGGCCCUGUCCCAGGACAAACCCCCUGCUCUCCACAUCUCAGUGACUACAGACUACAGGAGAUCCACCCCUCAGAGAGUGGGAUUGCCAUCUAUAUGGACCUUCAUGGUCAUGCUUCAAAACGUGGCUGCUUCAUUUACGGCAAUUAUUUCCCUGAGGAGGACAAACAGGUGGAAAACUUCCUCUACCCCAAACUGAUCUCCAUCAACACGGCACACUUUGACUUCACUGGCUGUAACUUCAGCGAGAGGAACAUGUACGCCAAGGACAAGAGAGAUGGCUUCUCCAAGGAGGGCAGUGGAAGGGUAGCCAUGUAUAAAGCACUGGGAAUUAUUCACAGUUAUACUCUGGAGUGUAACUACAACACUGGGAGGCUGGUGAAUUCCGUACCUACGGCCUGUGGAGAUGACGGCAAAGCCACGCCACCCCCCGUGGCAGGGUUUCCACCUAAGUACACUAUUGCCCAUUAUGAGGAGGUUGGCCGAGCCUCUGCCAUUGCAGCGUUGGACAUGACAGACACCAACCCCUGGACGCGGAUCACCAACUCUGAACAUAACAGUCUUGCUGGGGUCCGCGACUGGGUGAGGAGGUACGUAAGGAGUAUGAGAGGUGCUCCACGACUACCCAGGAACAUGGCCAGAGCUGCCGCUAAAACCUCAAGCAUUGUAGCCUCACAUGCCACCCCUCAUACCAACAUCAGCAAGACCUCCUCAUUCUCCCGUAUCAGUUCUGCCACUGGUGGGACAGGGACCACCAAUACCACUACCACCAGGGGGAGCUUUACCAACAGGAGACCACUCCUCACCUCACAGAACAGCAAGAAGGAGCUGGGCCCAGUCAAAGCUGGUAAAGCAGCCAGCACAGACAAUAACAGAAGAAUGGUGAAGAACUCCCCUGUCGUAUCCGUCCCCGUGUCAUCAACUGCCAGCGUCACACCCACGACCACCACGGUUACCAUGACAACCAGUGCUACCAUGGCCUACACCACCGUCACCACGGACAUGAAGCUGAAUCUCCCCAAGCACCCCAGCCUGGCCAAUGGCCCCAACACGGAGCUGUUUCAGAAGUACCAGCUGGCUCACCAGCUCUCCUCUACAGGGGGCGGCCUGGCUGGUAUGGCAGAGGUGCCUACAGCUGGAGGCUUUCUGAAGAACAGCUCCAGCAGAGUCAGUCCCCCAGGUCACUCCAGCGGUCAGCCAGUCAGUAAAUCUAGUGUGGGACAGGAGUUGAAGAGAAAGUCGCAGCCACAUGUGGACAUGCUGAAGCUGGGAUACCACUCACAGAGUGACUCUGUCAUCCAUAGACUUCAGUUCUCACAUUCCAAUGAAAAUGUCCAGCACAAUCCUACUGGCCCUCCUGGUCAUCACCCGGGUCAAGGUGUCCAGCAACCGGCCGUCCGCAGCGUCCAAUCAGGGCCACAAGCAGUGAGUGGCAUCACUGAUUUUGUGACCCAGGCUCGCCAGCGCCGCCAUUUCACCAGUGAUCUGUCCCUGCAGAGGGCACAGCUGAUACAGCAGGUGCAGCAGGCACACCUUGAGGAGGAGCAUGCUGGGAUAUCUCCACCGUUCAUGAUGAGGCCGAACUCCAAUGAUGGCUCUAUUCAGAGCAUGGAGGAAGAGAAAGUACAGCAGCUACAGAAGCUGAAUGAUAAUUUCCCUCUGAGACAUAAGCCUCCAAGUCAUCUGAGUGGUGGAAAAGGCUGGGAUCUACCUAACUCUGAUCCACCCAAAAGACGUGGAAAGAAAAUUCUGAACCCCAAGCGGCGCAGCGCGUCCCACAGUCCCAAGAAUGGCGGUGGCACAGGUGCCUACCCACAACGCAAGACCAGCACCAGUGGCACUGACAGCGAGGCUGAGAGGAGGAGAGUGAUGAAGAGAAAGCCUCCCACUGCUAAGGGAAUGAGGAAGGUGUUAAGUAGUUCUGAGGUGAUACAGAACACCACUGCUGCUGUAGAGGUGACCUCUCAGACUGGUGCUGAGUCCUUGGUGUCUUUGACGGGAGAACCUCCUGUUAUCACUGCUGAAGGAAAUGCCGUGCUACUCUCUCCAAGACCCACCACCAGCAGUCAAGAACCAGGGUCCACAGCGACCAGACGACCAACCAGCAGACUGAGAAGAACUUUUAUCAUAGAGAAGCCCAAGCCAGCAAAUAAACCAACAUUAGCUUGCAAUGUUUUGGACCUGCAAUCUUCAAGACCAGACUCCACUACCAGCUUCUGGGUGGAUUUCUAAUUUUAUAAAAAAAUACAAAGUUCAUGGUCGACCUCCGACUCCAAAAUAUCUGAAGUUCUGAAUCAACUUCUAACUUCAUCAAAACACAUGAAGUUCAAGUAUUUCGCACAAGCCAGAUAUUGUUUCUUCUAGUCUAGAGAAAAAUCAGUAUUUGUAAUGUAUAUUGUAAAUUAGGUGUGUACAUUUUUAAAGAAGUGCCAAAAAGCCCAACUAACUUAUGCAUAGUAUACUGUCCUGUAGUUAUUGAUAUUCUGCAGAUGUUGCAGUGCUAACUAGUGAGAUAGUAUUCUUGUAAAUUAUUCCGUUGUAUAAUAGUAUGAUAGUAUUUAAAAAAGGACUUUACCUACAUAGUAUAUCAGUAUUCAAAGUAUCUCAUUUUUUAUCCCAGUAGACCAAGUGUUUUCUUUUUUUAGUGAUCCAAGUACCUGGCAGUGUUGGGCACAAUUUUUAAUUAUUUUGUAGUUUUCUAAGUUUUACGAGACAGAAAUGUAAGUCUUUUAAUAUCAUUUGUAUUUUGUCCAGAAAUAAAAAUUUCUGUGCAGUUUAAAGGUUGCCCAUUAGUUCAUUCUGUGUGCAAGUCUAAAAUGGCCAAAACUAGAAGUAGAUGGAUCACAUUACU